UGGAGCGCAUCGCAUUGCAUCGCAUUGCCCGCACUGCCCUGCGUCGUAUUGCAUCCCGCAGACAUGGCCUCCAGCCAGCGGGGCGUCAAGGUCGCCAACGUCUCCUCUCUGGUGAACCAAAGCAUCAUCACCCAGCUCUUCGAGAUCAUCGGGCCGAUCGCGGAAAUCUCUUUGUAUCCCAGCCCGAACAAUGACGGCCUCCAAGAGUGCAUGGUCGUCUUUGAAGAUGAGGCUUCGGCUGCCACUGCCCUCCAUCUUACCGGAGUAAACCUGGCCGACCGGACGCUAUUUGUUACGAACCCCGUGUCCACGCCUAUCAACGGCCCGUCGGCGGCUCGCCUCCCGCAGCUCGGACAGUUCGGCUCAGCUCCGCAGUACCACUAUACCAUGCCGACGUUUUUGCACACCGACCCGCAGCGGGCCGAGGAGAUUUCUCGAACAGUGUACAUUGGCGGAAUCGCCCCUACCGUUACCGAGGACGAACUCAUGACCCAGUUCAGCCCGUGCGGACCCAUCAGCUGCGUCAAGCUUGCUGGCGAUGCCAACCAACCAACCCGAUUCGCAUUCAUGGAGUUUGUGAACAAGGAAUCGGUACAGGUCGCGAUCUCGCUAAACGGACUUGUGAUGCAUGACCGUCCACUUAAAGUCAACCACUCAAAGAAUGCGAUCAACAAGGCUGUGCCAGCAAAGAAACCCGACGCCUCCGAUGUCAAUCUCGCCAUGCGUCGAGUCAAGGAAGCCCAGAUGAGGAUCGCAUCAAAGUACCAGACAGACAGUGGAGCAGCACCUGGGUCCGGCGUCAGAUCCGAUGGUAGCGGCCGAGAGGGCUCGGCUCCGGCUGAGACGCCUGGAGCAGCUUCGGAGCUGGGACAAGAGAAAGAAAGCAGCAAGCGCGAGCGAACCGAUGACCCGGAGGAUCGCACCAGAGAACGCGAGCUCCGCGACCGAAGAGACCGGGACCGAGAUCGAGAUCGGGACCGGGACCGAGAUAGGGACAGGGACCGUGAAAGAGAUCGCCGCGAUCGAGACCGAGACCGAGACCGAGACAGGGAUCGCGACCGCGAAAGGGAUCGUGAUAGAGAUCGUUUCGAUCGACGACGCUCCCGGUCGCGAGAUCGCUCGCGCAAGUACGACGAUUAUCGCUCGUCCGACCGCGACCGUGAGCGAGAUCGAGACAGAGAUCGAGACAGAGAUCGAGACCGCGAAAGGGAUCGCUACCGGGACUGGGAGCUGGACCGAGACUACGACCGAUCCGGGCGCCGAAGAUCAGGACGAGACGACGAUCGCGAUACCUACCGCGACCGGCAUCGAGACCACCGCGAUCGUGAUCGAGACAGAGACCGUGAUCGCAAUCGUGAGCGUGAGCGGGACCGGGAUCGUGGAGCGGAAACUGAAGCCCAACCCGAGUCUGACCGGAAACGGGAGCGAGCUGCCAAGAACGACACCGACGCUUCAGGCGCCGAAGGACAAGCAAACCAAGCUGAUACUCGCGCUGCCGAGCCCGACGCCAUGAUUACCGAGGAGCACGAUCCAAGCGAGUGAGCCACAGACAAGACGCUCACUUUGCGGUCGUGCUAGAAUCGGCUCUGGGCUCUGUUGUCCAUGACAACACGCCGUGCACUUUCCUCCACUGCCCCCCAACCUCCGGCCGAGAUGCAUGUUUCCAAGGAUCCGGUGAUGCGAGCGUUUGGAUCUGCAAUCAAAGCAACUCUAUAGAUGAUAGCUUGCUCCUUCAGGAAGCCAUGCUACUUUCGGUAUGCAGAAUACACAAGUAGCUGUACAAGUGACAGGGCAGCCCCGACGAUAUUGGGCUGGAUGAUCCAGUUGUCUCUCAGUCGGAAGCCGAUGAGCGACCACAGGCUGGCGCUCACAAAUGAAAUCAGAAUCAUGGGCAGCGAGAGAUGGCCGUGGGCACUCUUGGCUUGGAUCACCGUGCG